GCACAGUGUGGAUGAAUAGCUUGCUCUGAUCGAAUUGAUCAUGGCAGUUCGUCCACUAGUACAAGCAUCAUGGCUACAGCAGCAGCUUAAAGAAGGUGUCAAGCACCUUCGUAUAUUAGAUGGGUCCUGGUUCCUUCCAAGUGCCAAGCGUGAACCCGAAAAAGAAUUCUACCAAAAGCGAAUCCCGGGAGCAAGAUACUUUGACAUCGACGAGUGUAGAGACAAAUCUAGCAAGUACGAACACAUGCUCCCUAGCAGUGACGAAUUCAGCAAGUAUGUGAGUAACCUUGGGAUUACUAACGACAGCCAUGUUGUUGUGUAUGACAAUAACGAGAAGUUAGGAGUCUUUUCUUCCCCUCGAGUCUGGUGGACCUUCCGUUUGUUUGGACACGAUAAGGUCUCUGUUCUGGAUGGAGGGCUGCCGAAAUGGUGUGCUGAGGGAUUUCCUACCGAGAGUGGUCCUCUCAAAGAAGAAUCAUUUGAGAACAAUCCUCCAUUCAAAGCUGUUGUAAACGAGAACUUGGUUUGUGACUUUGACUUUAUGAUGAAGAACAUUGAAUCCAAUAAUCCAGUCCAAAUGUACGAUGCCCGUCCCAUUGGUCGAUUCACUGGCGAGGAACCAGAGCCACGCCGAGACCUCCCAAGUGGCCACAUGCCGAAAUCCAAGAGCCUUCCCUAUGGCAAGUGUUUGGACCUUAAAAAAAAGUGUUUCAAAGAGCCAGAAGAAUUGAAAAAGCUGUUCACAGAAGCAGGUGCAGAUUUUGCCAAGCCUUUGAUAACUAGCUGUGGUUCUGGGGUUACUGGUGCUGGGUUGUUGCUGGGGGCAUUCUUGGCUGGCAAAACCGAUGGUAUCUUGUAUGACGGUUCCUGGACAGAGUAUGUCCAACGAGUCAAACCAGAUAUGAUCCUGAAAGGGCAGGAUUAACGUUGAUGCCUGUCUAAUUCUAUUCUCAUCCAUUUUACUGUUAUUUAAGCUAUCAUUACAAAUGUAGUAAUAAAAAAGUUGCUCCUUAAUAAAAAAGUGAGGAUAAAGAA